AUGAAUAGGAUCAUCCCACGUAAGCGGAGACGUCUCAACACAACCAAACUUCCGUGGUGGUCUUCUGAACUUCGGCAUCUUCGAAAUAUUGUACGCAAGGCUAGAAAGCGUUUUCUACGUUCCAAGUCCCAACAGGAUAAAGAAAAUCUAAAACAACUCGAAACUCGAUACAACGACUGCCAAGCCGCAUCUUUUCGUAGCUACAUCGACCGAAUAGAAUUAAACCUGAAGGACAACCCAUCUAGUUUCUGGACGUUUGUGAAGAACCGCAAGAACUGUAUACCUGAGCAAAUGAAGUACCGCGAAUUGUCCGCUGAUUCUUCCGAGGAAUCGGCCAAUCUGUUUGCCGACUUCUACAGCAGUGUGAACAAUCCCAAUUCACCUGAACUUUCUGAUGGGAGCAGACAGGGCAUUCCUACGCAUGACAUUACGCUACCAUCCUUUAACUUUACGCAACUAUUCUUGAGGGAAUGUGCAGAAUCACUGAAGCUGCCUAUUUGUCUGCUCUUUAAUCGUUCUCUUCACGAACGGAAGUUUCCUGCCAUAUGGAAGACCGCCUCGAUAACCCCGAUACAUAAAUCCGGUUGUCGUAAUUCCGUGGAAAAUUACCGAGGAAUUUCAAUCCUGUGUUGCAUAGCCAAAGUCUUUGAGAGCAUGGUUCACUCGGUGCUCUAUAAAGCCACUCGUCACUUGAUCUCUGACUAUCAACAAGGAUUCUCUAAGAAGCGAUCCACUGUGUCAAAUCUGAUGUGUUACACCAACUACCAUCAACCGAAAUCGACAAGUGGAUGCAGUCUACUUUGA